GAAAAUUAGAAGUAUAUGAUCAAUUAUUUAAUGCAUCAACAAAAUCAAUUUAUAAAUUAAGAAUAACACGUAAACCUGGAUUAGAAGAGUUUGGUGUUUCUGGAUUUGGUGUGGCAUUCAAUCAUGAUCAUGAAUCAUGGUAUUUUAAUCGCCAUUAUUUUAGUGAAGCAAUAUCAAUUCCAAACUUUCCUCAAGAAACUCUUGAGAAAGCUCAAAAAUAUUUAAAGGAAACAAUAAAUUAUUGGAACGAUUUAGCUGAUAAUAAUAUUACAUUUGAUUUGAAAAAAUGGAUAUAUUGUCAUACGGCUGAUAAUUCUUUGGAUUUAAAUAUAGGAACAAAAGGCUAUGCUAUGGCGAAAUAUCAUUCAGAUUUAACAGGUGAAAAGGCAGAUAUCCCUGACCAAGAUAGAAAUUUUAUUGAUUGUCUGAAGCGAUAUGGAGAAGGUUAUAUCUUUCAUCUAUUCAUUGAUUCAUAUGCAAAAUACAUUCCUUUUAUUAAUAAAAUCGCCAAUGAUCAUGUGGAUAAUAGAGACAGAUAUUGGAACAUGUUGUAUAAUGUUAUUCGUAAACGAAAGAAGGUUAUCGAAAGUACCCCAAAAGAUCAAAUAAAACAUGAUAUGAUGAAUUUAUUUUUAACAAUUAAUACUGAACAAGAUAUUAUCAAGAAAAAAGAUUUAAGUCCUGAGUAUCAACGUCCAAUGAGUGAAAAAGAAACAAUGAUUAAUCUAUCAGAAGCUAUAGCAGGAGGUGCUGAUUCAACUGCAGGUGUUACUGCUUUCACAGCAUACUUUCUUGCUAAAAACCCAGAAGUGGUAACUAAAAUACGCGCUGAAGUGGAAUCUAUUCUUGGAAAAGAUCCUCGUCCAAUAAAGAUGGAAGAUAUUGAUAAAUUUAAAUAUGUCGAAGCUGUAAUAAAAGAAACAGCUCGCAUGAGUUCAACUGCACCUCUUCUUGAUCGUUAUAAUGAUGCACCUGAUGAAGUAGCUGGUUAUCAUUGGCCUGCCAACACUCAUUUUAUUAUAAAUUCUUGGGGAACUCAUAAUGACAAAAAAUACUGGGAUAAUCCCGAAAAAUUUGAUCCUGAGCCCAUGCUUGCUUAUCAAUUUGAUUAUGAAUUGGUUAAUAAUAAACCUAUCAAACUUAAAUAUGCUGCUUUAAAUCAACCGAUCGAAAUACCUUUUAGA